AGUCCGGCACACAGGACCGUAUACCAACGCGCCAACAGAAUUCUCAAAUAUGAGGUCUAAUUGGUCAUUUGUGUAACUGAGUUACGCAAAGGGGUAUAUUUUUCAGAUUUUUUACUGUAACUCAGUAGCGAAAAGUGAGUGUCGUGAGUGCGGGAGCAUCUAUUCAGGACUUUAGACAACAAAUGUUUAGAAUUAGUAUAUUCGUUGUGCCAAGAGCCACGAAAUAGCCCAAAAUACGAUAAUUCCAUCUGCAAGAGUCAUGCGUCGGAGCAUUAUCUGGAGCUUGUUUGCGAAUGCUGUGUGAUAAUACACGCACACCACCACCACCACCACACAUAUGAACUUUGAUCGAUGAGUUUGUAUUUUCUUAAACGCCGCCAGCAUAAGCAUAGUGUUGUGCGACGAGUACGGUCGACUUUUGCAGCUUCCGGCACGAAUCCGACGAAUAACCGAGCGAGCAGGAUGGCGAAAAAUUUGAAAUAUUACUACGAUCUAAUGUCCCAACCGUCCCGGGCGCUGUGGAUUUUUUUGCAGCAAACCAAAAUUCCCUACGAAAAUCGUUUGGUCAACCUGGGCAAAGGCGAACAUCUUACCGACGAGUUUAAGGCGGUCAACCGGUUCCAGAAGGUACCGUGCAUUACCGACAGCCAGAUCCAGCUGGCCGAAAGUGUGGCCAUCUUCCGGUAUCUGUGCCGGGAGUAUACGGUGCCGGAUCACUGGUACCCGGCCGAUUCACGGCGCCGGGCACUGGUGGACGAGUAUCUCGAGUGGCAGCACCACAAUACGCGUGCCGUGUGCGCCACCUACUUCCAGUACAUGUGGUUGCGGCCGCGCAUGUUCGGCAGCAAGAUCGAUCCGAAGCGGGCCGACCAGUACCGGACGCAGAUGGAAACCUGUCUGGACUUUAUCGAGCGCGAGUUUCUGGGCGGUGGUGCCCGCUUUAUCGUCGGUGAUGAGAUUUCGGUGGCCGAUCUGUUGGCUGCGUGCGAAAUCGAGCAGCCGAGAAUGGCUGGUUACGAUCCGUGCGAUGGUCGCCCGAACAUGGCGCAAUGGAUGGCGCGCGUCCGCGACUCAACGGCACCGUUCUACGAUCAAGCGCACAAGUUUGUUAACAAAAUUGCCCAAGAUGCGGCCACCAAGCACAAGCUGUAAAAGGGGAUGCCAACCAACAUCGAAAAGGGCCAUCGAGCAUUUCAAAAACACACCCCUACCUACUACAUUACAUUUAGCUGGUUCAAAUUUGCUUUAUUCUACACACUGCACACUACGCUUUAUGGAUCAUUUCUACAUAUUAUUGAUAUACGACGCGUUUUUUUGAUCAGCUUGUCCCGGAACAGCGAUUCCUUGGCGGGCAGAAUUUCAUGCGUGUAUUUGUAUCGUGCCGUGUGUCUGGGGAACGAAUGGAAAAAAGGGAAAUUUAAUAAAGGUAUUUAAGCAUUCGA